UACUGUACUUUAUUUACUUGCUCCGUUUACCCGGGUACCAGGGUACUCCCUAAACUAACUGAAUUUCCAAGGUGGUGGCCUAGAAAAAGCUCUUCCACUGGUUUUUUUGUGGAAAGAAAUGAUGAAGGUUCUUGUUGUUUUAUUGCUUAUGGUAAAUUCGACAUUUUCGUUCGGAUUGGACAAUGAAAUAAUCGGUGAACCAAAGUUACAAUGCAAUCCGGAAAGUAUUACAUUCUCCUUCAACACACGGAAUCCGUUUAUAGGAAACGUAUAUAUUCGUGGCUUCUACCGAACACCCGGCUGUCGUCGGCAAUUCCUCGCACCGAAUCAGGCUGGCGGCUCAUUUACGGUACGGCUCGGCGAUUGCGGGAUGCGGCGGUCCCGACAAAUCAGUGGACAUUCGCCACGUGGCGUCAAUCAGCACAUCACUUUUGUUGCGAACUUUCAUCCGAAUCUCGCGACGAAAGAGGAACGAUCAUUCAAUAUUCGAUGCUUUUAUGCGCACAGUGAAUCUGUUGUCAAAGCUGAUCUGGAUGUCAGCUCAAUGCCGGAGGAAUCGUUCGAACAGGGUGUGACAAUCGUGCCCCAAUGCACAUAUUCCCUUCGUGAAGGGACAUUUGAGGGCCCAAAAGUGUCGAAUACACGUGUCGGAAUGACAAUUGUUCAUCGAUGGGACUGUGAUACAUCGGGGAACUAUGGAAUACUGCUACGUGGAUGCACCAUACUCGAUUCACGUGGUGUUGAAUCUUUUCCAUUGCUUGAUGAGAAUGGAUGCUCAGUGUCCCGUGACUUCCCACAAGUGGUAUAUCUCCCAUCACUGACGUCAGCCUACAUGGCAAUCGAAGCCAUCUCAUUUCCUGACCAACCAUCGAUUUCUUUCUCGUGUCAAAUUAAGUUGUGUGAUAAGGGAAGUGAUGAGUGUCGGGGUAUGAGUCCCCCCGCGUGUACCCCAUUGACACAGGUCCCCAUCACGGGACAAGUACCAAUGCCAUUUGAUAAUACAAUUGGAAAUACGUUUGACGGAAUCCCACUGGAGCCGUGGAUGAAAGAGCCCUCUCCUCCCACUGAUGACGUGGCAAACAUCACCUCAGAAGGCGAGCCAAUGCCUCGGCUCAUCACCGAAGAGGAACAAUAUCAAAUCGAGUCGAACCAUGUUGAGGCGCGAGAAAAACGAUUUGCUCAUCGAUUAUUCAAUAUCACAUCGGAAGAUCUCUAUGUUGAGCCAACCGUCGAGCCAAUGGAAGUAGAGAUGCCUGGAGCACCGAGAGAAACUGCUCGGAGGGUGUCUGAGCCAUGUGUCUCGGUUGAAACUUUCUAUAUUUCGGCGCUUGCUGUACUUUUCGUUUUUGUCGUUUCGAUUGGGAUGGUCUGUUUCUUCGGAAGUCAUAUGCUUAAAAAAACUCAAGACUGUGAAAUGCCGAUUCCAGUCCCAGAAGGAUAUUAUCUAAGCAAACACUGAAACUCUUGUUUAAAAGUAUUCGUUUCCCAUCCACGUGCCAUAAUUCUUGCAUUUUCUUUUUUUUUCCCUAUUUUUAUUCAAUUUAUUUACAAUUUGUUCAAUAAAUAAUCAAUAAAUAAUAAUUAAAAAU